AUGGUAGGUUUGAGUUCAGUUGAUCCGGAAUUGCUUCCCCGAGCAACCAGAGCUUUUAGGAGCGGAAAUUUCAGUAAAGUUGUUCAGGACAUUACGGGUUAUUAUGUGAUUUUGGAGGGGUUCUUCAUGGUGGAAAAUGUAAGGAAGGCUAUUAGCAUUGAUGAGCAUGUACAUGACAGCCUCACAACGUCCAUGGUGGACGACGUGUUCUAUGUUCUGCAGAGUUGCUGCAGGAGGUCGAUAUCCACUUCUAAUAUUAACUCAGUGAUUGCGGUACUGAGCAGUGCUGUGAGUUUGUUGGGUGGUGAGUAUAAUGAAGCAUUGCAGCAGAAAAUGAGGGAGCCUAACCUUGGAGCGAAGCUGUUCAUGGGUGGUGCUGGUGUGCAAAAGACUGGGACAGAGAUUGCGACAGCUUUAAAUAACAUGGAUGUCAGUAGCGAUUAUGCACUAAAACUACGGCAUGAGAUUGAAGAACAAUGUUCAGAGGUCAGUGGCAAUUGUACUUCUCUUUUGGUUAUUUCUAUUCAGUCCCCGUCUCUCUUAAGGAUUUUUUUGUAUUCUAUAUAUAAUUUAUAG